UUUAUCAUAAAGCAUGGGAUUCUUAUUGCAUUUGAUUUCAAAGACACAACAACCUACUCGAUGGGUUGUACGUCGCGCUUACUCAGCCCAAUCCGACAUUACUGCCAGCGCGAUGGUCUUUAAGGACUAUGGUCAACCUUCUCAAGUCUUAAAAUGGCACUCCUAUCGUCUGCCUGCAUUGACGGCUGAUACAGUCCAUGUCAAAUUUCUUGCAUCGCCCAUCAAUCCAGCUGACGUCAAUAUGAUUCAAGGGGUCUACCCUAUCAAGCCUACCUUUCAGCAGCUUGGUACGGAAGAAUCGUUAGCCGUCGGUGGUAAUGAAGGUUUGGCAGAAGUCGUAGCUGUGGGUGACAAUGUGCGUUCGCUCAAGGUCGGAGAUCAAGUUGUCAUGGCUAAAAGUGGUUAUGGCACUUGGCGUACACAUGCCGCUGGUCCAGCUUCGGAUUUCCAAUUGCUUCCUGAAGCAGAUAAUGUUUCCAUGAUUCAAAAGGCAACCAUUUCAGUCAAUCCCUGCACUGCCUACAGAAUGCUCAAGGAUUUUGUUGAUUUAAAACAAGGCGACUAUGUUAUUCAGAAUGGUGGCAAUAGUGCAGUGGGUCAAGCUGUCAUACAGAUUGCUAAAGCAUGGGGCUUGAACACAAUUAAUGUUGUGCGUAAUAGACCAAACAUCAAUCAACUUGUUGAAGAAUUGACGGACUUGGGUGCCACACAUGUCAUCACAGACGAUGUUCUUGGAAGCCAUGAUAUGAGGAAGCAAAUCAAGGGUUGGGUAGGCAACAACCCUCCUUUGUUGGGUUUAAAUUGUGUUGGUGGCAAGAAUGCAACUGACAUGGCUAGAUAUCUUGGUGUUAAUGGUCAUCAUGUAACUUAUGGUGCCAUGUCAAAAAGUCCACUUUCAUUACCUGCUUCUUUACUUAUUUUCAAGAACAUUUCUUUCCAUGGCUUUUGGGUUUCCAAAUGGUCUGAUGUUCAUAGUAAAGAAGAACGUUAUGCCAUGUUUGAAGACAUCAUUCAAUUGAUGAGCAAAGGUCAACUCAAGGAACCCAAAUGGGCUCAAGUUGAAUGGAGCGAAGAAAGCAUGAAACGGUCUGUUGACCAAGGAAUUUCAGGUUUCGCCAGUGGCAAGCAGGUUGUCCUUUUUUAGUGUGAUCUUAUUUUUUGUAUUACCCACUGGAAUAAAUAAAGGCGAAACGUUUCUUUUGUCCUUUUUUUUUUUGUUCUUUU